UAAAUACCCAUCGUUACUAGCACAAUUCAACCACCAUUUUCCGAAUUAAGCUCCUUUUCUCAUUCCUACAUUUCAAUUAAAUUAGCUCUUAUUGUUGGCAUGGCUUCCAAAAAUCAGGCCUCAAUUACUCUUUUCUUAUCAUUGAAUCUCCUCUUCUUUGCUCUUGUAACUGGAACCAAUAAUUGUAGCACUUGUGGAAAUGGGGGCAGCUCUGGCAACGGCGGUGGCUCGGGCAAUGGUGGUGGUUCGGGCAAUGGUAGUGGACAAGGAAGGUGCCCAAGAGAUGCAUUGAGACUUGGGAUAUGUGCAAAUGUACUUAAUUUGGUGAAUGUAGUGGUGGGGUCUCCUCCAACUUUACCAUGUUGCAGCUUAAUUGCAGGGCUAGCAGACUUCGAGGCUGCAGUUUGCUUGUGCACAGCCAUAAGAGCAAAUUUGUUGGGAAUAAACUUGAAUGUGCCACUUUCUCUAAGCCUAGUUCUCAACAGCUGUGGAAGGAAUCCUCCUACUGGCUUCACUUGUUAACUUUUUCUAUCUGCUAAGUGAUUGAUAUCUACUUAUUAACUUCUACCGAAUUUCUAUCUUGUUAGCUUGAUCAUAUUAUGCUUGCCAAUGGCUAGCUCAGGCGUCAAUUAAUUUGUAUUUGUGUUUUGGAAUUUCUGUUGUGUUUCAAAUAAGUGAGCUUUGCCUAUGCAGCUACAUCGAGCCUUUGACCAAAAUAAGCUAUUUUUUAAAUCAAUUUAUCAAAGUAAUACGUUUUUUAUUUUUUUUACGGAACUAGCAUAAACGUAUUCCUGAGUAACGUAUUAGGCAUUAUUUUAUUCAAAAAUUCUAACGGAAAAAAUUAGGUCGGGUUAACGGUGUUAAAAGCUAAUUCGUGACUG